AUGGUUGAAUUUUAUGAUACGACACUCAGGGAUGGCAGCCAAGCAGAAGGCGUAGCGUUUUCUGUUGAAGAUAAACUCAUCAUCAUAGAGGCACUCGAUAAGUUAGGCAUCCGCUAUAUUGAGGGCGGUUAUCCCGGUUCUAACCCGAAAGACAUAGAAUUUUUUAAGCGGGCAAAAGGCAUAGCACUGGAGACGGCAACAAUUGUGCCGUUCGGUAGCACGCGCUAUCCUACCUAUACCGUUGAUGCUGAUCCAAAUCUAACCGCUUUACUGGAUACAGGGGCAAGAACUGUAACGAUCUUUGGAAAAAGUUGGAGACUCCAUGCCACUGAUGUCCUACGUGUCACAGCAGAAGAAAACCUGGAAUUAAUUGAAAGUUCUGUGCGUUAUCUCGUGGAAAAUGGUCGCGAGGUAAUCUACGAUGCCGAACAUUUCUUCGAUGGCUACGCCGACGAUGCUGAAUAUGCAAUAGAAACGCUACGAGCCGCUGCCACUGGCGGCGCGAGUUGCCUCGUUCUCUGUGAUACAAAUGGUGGCAGAUUACCAUUAGAAAUUCAGGAAGGUGUCAAAGUCGUCCUCUCCGAACUGUCAUUGCCUGUCGGUAUCCAUACCCACAACGACGCAGGAAUGGGUGCCGCAAACUCAGUGCUCGCCGUACAAGCAGGGGCAACCCAUAUACAAGGCACUUUCAACGGCUACGGUGAACGGUGCGGAAACGCAAAUCUUGCCUCCAUUAUCCCCACAAUUCAACUCAAACUCGGAAUAAAGUGCCUCAGCGAUACGCAAUUGCAGGCGUUAACAAGGGUCUCCCGACUCAUCAGUGAAUUGGCGAACCUCCCGCAUGAUGAACGUCAACCUUAUGUUGGAAGUUCCGCCUUUGCGCAUAAAGGCGGUUUACAUACCGAUGCCAUCCGUAAAAACCGUCUCACCUAUGAGCAUAUCGUGCCGGAAACGGUCGGUAACACACAACGGAUUCUCGUUUCCGACCAAGCAGGACGCGGGACCAUUAUGAAGAAAAUCGAGAAGGAGUAUCCCGAUUACGACAAGAAUUCACCACAGGUGCUGGAACUCUUCAAACGUCUCAAAGAGGCGGAACAGGAAGGCUACCAAUACGAAGCCGCCGAAGCAUCGUUUGAACUCUUGACGCAUAAGGUAUUCAAUGGAUACGAAUCCUUCUUUGAGCCUGUCGGUUUUCGCGUGAUUAUCGAACAGUUCAGUGACUACGCCAUGCGUUCCGAAGCAACCGUAAAGGUUACGACCCCAGACGGUCUUACCGCACAUACCGCCGCUGAUGGAGAUGGACCUGUCAAUGCCCUUGACACUGCACUCCGAAAAGCGCUUGAGCAGUUCUACCCCGCUUUACAGACAGUUCGACUCAUAGAUUACAAAGUUCGGGUCCUGGAUACAAAAGCAGGUACCGGUUCUAAAGUCCGCGUGCUGAUCGAGGCAAGCGAUGGUGAGAGGACUUGGAGUACCGUCGGUGUUUCAGAGAAUAUCAUCUCCGCAAGUGCGAAGCACUGA